AUGGUCUGCCUCUAUCAAUUCGCCACCACUUGGAACGCGUUUAUGGAAGCCCGAAUGAUUGUCGGAGUUGUGGUUGACGGUAUCGCGAUCAGUAGCGGGGAUUUGCCAGCGAUCAUCAACCAGGGAACAGCUGCCAGAGGUGUCCUUAAACUCGGCCUGGCAGUCGGUCUUGGUACUCUAAAUGGUGCCAAGAAUUCUUAUGGCAAUUCUGUCGACAUGUAUUUGUCUUUUCUGUUGGAUUUUUGGGUGCCCUCUGCUGAUGCGUAUAAUGGUAACUCAUCAGAGUUCAUGAGCAGGAAGGAUAAGGUCCAGGAUAUGUCCGACUUCCUCCUCUCGAGCAUCUCUGGAGAGUCUCCAAUACCCCAGACAGACACGCGCCGAUAUGCUGACGACACUGCGCUCAUUUGGUCACCAAGGCACACCGGUUCAAGUGGUUGUAUGUAUCCGUUGAAUACUGGAACUUGUACCAACCCUACAGGAGCUAACGAGCUCGGCUCGUGGUCGCCUAAGGAAGCAAUAGAACUUAUGAAGUCGAUCAAGUCGAGGUCUGAUGCCAUUCUCAUGGUUGACGACGGACUACCGGAGAUGCUUCGGGCGUAA